CAUGAGAGUUGGUUGGCGCGCUUUUCGACGAUAGAGGAUUACCUCAUCCAAGAUGGCGCGGAAGUACUUUCGUGUCGUCUGAAUUUGCGACAUUUCGUCAUGUUUAGUCAUUUUAGUCACAUUUUAAAGGUUUAUAGGAAGGAUGGGAAUAUUUGACAAUGGCUAACCCAGGAACACCGCGACCCGUGCCGCACUUUUUCGCCGAGGAGGGCCCGUUCUCCCAGAAGAAGUACCGGCUUGCGAACGGCCACACUCCUCGGGACUCCCAACCUCCGCGCCCGCCGGCCAAGAGCGUUCCCCCGGUCAGUCGAGUUUUUGUCAACAAUAAGUUAGCUUUCCAAAGACCCCAGAGUGUGUCUUUUAGAGGUCCCGAUAGCUUGAUUUCAAGUCCCCACUACGACGCAGGCAGUAAGGAACUUUUCUUCGACCAGUGUUUUGAAAUUGUUGACAAACUUGGGGAGGGGUCCUUCGGCGAAGUCUUCAAAGUGAAGAGCAAAGAAGACGGGAAGCUAUACGCCGUCAAGCGGUCCAGAGAGAGAUUUCGAGGUGAGUACGACCGCAAGAGGAAGAUAGGAGAAGCCUACAGGCUGGAGAAACUCCGAAGGCAUCCUAACUGUGUGCAGUUCUUCAAAGCCUGGGAGGAAAGGCAACACCUCUACAUCCAGACAGAACUGUGUCAGUGUAGCCUAGAGCAGUACCUGGAAGGGCGACAUGACAUACCGGAAGAAACAGUCUGGAACUUCCUGGUGGAUUUGCUAUCAGGACUGAAACACCUGCACGACCAUAGGCUCAUUCAUCUCGAUAUCAAACCGGACAACAUCUUUGUGUCCAAUGACGGUGUGUGUAAGAUUGGGGACUUUGGACUUGUUGUUGAGAUGGACAAGGAAGACGUUUCUGAUGCACAGGAAGGCGACCCGAAGUACAUCGCACCUGAGUUGCUGGAGGGACAUUUUGGACCACAUGCUGACGUCUUCAGCCUGGGGGUGACUAUUCUGGAGGUGGCCUGUGACCUGGAGUUACCCCGUAACGGUGUGGGAUGGCAGCAGCUCAGACAGGGCAUGAUCCCAGCAGCCUUCACUGCAGGGUUGUCCCACGAGCUCAGGAGCCUCAUCCAGCUCAUGAUGCACCCAGACUAUUUCCAGAGACCUUCAGUUGCUGACAUCCUGGCCAGGCCAGAGGUCAGUAAAGUGUUGUGGAGAAGGAGACGUCAGCAGGCCGUGCGGUUUGUGCAGGGUGCUGUGUUAUCUGUGUACGGCUUCAUGUCCAGCCUGUUCCACACCAUGUACUGCACCAUCCUGCUCCCUGUCAAGGCAAUCAAGGGGCAGCCACAGGAGAAGCAACCACAAAGGUGUCGUCAUCCCUCUGACUGGGACUACAGCUACUCUGAAGAUGAUGCCUUUGAGAGUGAAGGUCACAGCAAGGACUCUGCUGAAUCUGGUGUGGCCAACCUCAGCCUGUCCACAGAUGAGGAGCUUGAACGACCCAGACAAUUCAUCACCUGUCCCAGUGAAGUGAGGUUCACCCCUGAUGCUCGCCCUGCCACGCCCAUCCUGCGUCACUCCAGCCCGAUGCCGAGGAGCUCCUCCCCUCUCCAUGGCAACCACACCCAGGCCCAUUUGAGCCCCAACCUGAGCCUGGUGACCAGCCACCCCUACACACCCACCAGCCACUCCGACAGUGGCAGCAGCUACGGCGAGGAUGGCUCCGUCAUGAUCCGCUCAGGGAUCGGGCCCAAGAACCUGAUG